AAUCACGUGUAAGACUGACUAAUGGUUGUUUUAUAUUCUUUUGAGCGUAAGACUGACUGGUAGUUGUUUUACAUUCUUUUGAGUUCAACCUGCUUAUAGUAAGUUUAUGCCAUUUUUUCUUCUUAUGUAAUGAGAUUGUGAUUCACCGAUUGUUCAUUUCACCAGUGUGUGGUGAUUGCUUACGCUUUUAUAUUUUAAGCAAGUUGAGUGGAAUGGAUGAUGACACGAAUCAUUCAGUUACUGCAAGCUUGAGGUACAAGGGGCAGACACUGAAGUAGAAAUAAUAUAUUCUCAGUUUAAAUGAGAUGAACAGAACUACCUUAAUUUUCAUAAUAGGAAUUUGUAUAGGCUUUGUGGUUGGGAUUGGUUUGACAUUAUCCAUAGUACACUGCCUUGUAAGGCGAAGGAAGCCCACAAAGGUUGAUAAGAGCAUUUCUCACAGAGCAGUGACCAUUCCUGUUAAUGUCAAAGGGUAUGGUUCUAACUCAACAUUAUCAGAGGGUGAGGAGUCACCUAGAACAUCUGAGUGGAGUAACAUGACUUUAUGGUUGGAAAAUCUUAGGAGAAGCAGUGCAGUGUCGGUAUGCGGAAUUCCCAAGUAUUCUUACAAAGAUGUACAAAGGGCUACUUCUAAUUUCACCACCAUCAUUGGCAACGGAGCCUUUGGUCCUGUUUAUAAAGCUCAGAUGGCUACAGGUGGGACAGUUGCAGUUAAAGUCUUAGGUACUAAUUCAAGACAAGGAGAGCAGGAAUUUUUAACUGAGGUUUUAUUACUUGGAAGAUUACAUCACAGAAACCUUGUGGAUUUGGUGGGAUAUGUGGCAGACAAAGGAAAACAUAUGCUUCUUUACACUUACAUGAGCAAUGGCAGCCUUGCUUCCCAUUUGUAUGAUUUUGGAAAAAGUCGUGAGCCAAUGAAUUGGGAUUUGAGGCUUGGUAUAGCACUAGAUGUUGCAAGGGGACUGGAAUAUCUACAUUGUGGGGCUUCUCCACCUGUUGUGCACCGUGACAUCAAAUCUUGCAACAUACUGUUGGAUCAGUUUAUGAAGGCAAAGGUCACUGACUUUGGGCUUUCCAGACCUGAGAUGAUCAUACCUCGCACAUCAAAUAUUCGUGGAACUUUCGGAUAUCUUGAUCCUGAGUAUUUGUCCACAAGAACCUUCACUAAGAAAAGUGAUGUUUAUAGCUUUGGUGUGCUACUGUUUGAGCUCAUAACUGGCAGGAAUCCGCAGCUUGGGCUCAUGGAAUACGUAAAACUAGCAGCCAUGGAAGGUGGGGGUAAGGUUGGAUGGGAAGAAAUUGUGGACGAGCAAUUAAAUGGAAAAUAUGAUGUGCAUAAUCUUAACGACAUGGCUUCACUUGCAUUCAUAUGUGUUAAUGAAGUCUCCCAAAGUCGACCAACGAUGUGUGAAAUUGUUCAAGCACUAUCUCAGCUUUGUAAGAGGAAUGGUAAAACUCUUGGCCGAACAUCAUCUGCUGCUGCAUUAAAGGAUGUGUCUAUUGAAUUGGACCAGAUUGAAGCUAAGGACUUUACAUCAACUGCGAGUACAGAUAUAUUGGGAAGAUUGCAUAGCCGAUGAUCUCUGUGAGUCAGCUACUGCUUUUGGAUGUGUAAAUACCUGCUUCUAUUUUGUUUAAUCAGUUAACAAUCUAACCUUUUUACCAUACUGGAAUUCUGUAGAUAAUUGCAUAACCAAUGAAUCUUUGGUGAAUCUGCAGGUGCCUUUGAUGUUUGGAUGGUAAAUAUCUGCAUUAUAUUUUACCUAUCAGUGUAUUUUCAUAGUUUACCACUACAUUUUUCCACUUAUUGCCUGAAUUUUAUCAUAUGAAUUUCAAAAUUAUACAUCUUUUGCAUAUUCGUCAAUUAGAUGUCAAAUGACUAAAGAUGUGAUGACGUGCCAAUGUGAGGUGACAUCCUCUCCGUAAUAGAAUAUGCAUUAUAUUUUUUAAUUACAUUUUAUGAGUGAACUGUUGUACUUUCAUAAGUUUUACCAUUGAGCUUUCAAUUUUAUGAAUUUU